AUGGCAGAGCCAUCAACCACUACUAAGCGCUUUCCCAAGCUCCCUUCUCGUAAUUGGCUUAUUUUUUGGUCUGUUACUGCAUCUAUUGCCGGUCUUGCUGCAUACGACAAAUGGCGACUUAAAAAUAUCAGACAAUCCCUUUCUGAUCGAGCAUUCACUAUUGCAAACCAACCUCUUUCUCCUGAUGUUCUUCCAAGAAAAGUCAUUGUGUACAUUGAACCCACUCAUUGGGCACGAUACUGGUUCAAAGAAUAUGUCAAACCAGUAUUUGAUGCAGCUGCAUUGGACUAUGAUCUCGUGGAACCAUCACAUGCUGCCAAAAUCCGAUCAAAUGUGAGAGAGAUUAUGUGGAAGGCUCGAGAAAUGCACGCUGAUCAGCUAGUAAAGCAGGAUCUGGAUAGACAGAGACAAAAGAAACGACACACUUGGAUGGGAUGGAUGACCAGCUAUUUUUAUGUCGAACGUACUGACGAUCCAAUGGCCGGACUUCCUCCUGGUAUGCGCCUGCCUAAAUAUGAUCCAUCGAUUGGAUUGGUUGCGGUGGGUCCGUUUGUAUGGAGAAAUAUGCUGCUGGGCUUAUCCGAGGGAAAUUUGACGGUUCCUACUACCGUUGAUGUUGCUAUUUCCUCACCUAUCCUUCCAGAUGUUAUUAAGCCUGAAGAGACUCAAGCAGAAAAAGACGGUGAUCGUAUAAACUCAGAAACAGAUGCAGAGCCUUCAUUGCCGACUAUUGUUCAGCGCACAGUGCCAUCUAAAGCCGAUGAUAUGCAUCAUUUGGACGCAUCCGUUGAGUUUCCUCCAAUUGGAUUCAUUACAGGCAAAAACCAAAGUGGAUGGAGUGGAUUUCCAUCUCGUGUUCUUGGGUUUUUUAAUCAACGAUCGCUUGCAUCUCAAAUUGGAGAAGAAGCAUUAAUGGUAGCGUUUGAACACACUCGUCCAUUUGUUCAAGGGACAGAUGAGCUGCAUGGAGAAGAGGAUAUAAUGCCAUUGAUUGCAUCAAACAAGGACCAAGUUGAAAAAAACAUAGACAAGUCGGAUGAUAAAGAGGUAUUGGAAAUGCAGGCAGAAGAGGCUAUGCGAUAUGAUCGAGUGGAUUCAGCAACAGCUAUCCGGUUAAAAGUAUACGCCAGCUGA